GUAAGAUGGCGGCGUCCAUGAAUGAUGUGCUAAAUACGGGGAAACUAGUUUUUGAGAGAUCGUCGUUUAAAAAUGAAAAAGAAAAUCACAAAAUGACAAUUUUAAAUCAGUAUUUUAACCACACGGUUCAACUCCUGUUGCCAGGGACAGAAGACCUGCCAGCAGACAUGGACACUCUCCUCAUACAAGAAGCCUCAUUCCUUGUCAGAGAGGUUCCUCUUUCCUUCUUCCUGAAUGAAGAAUUUAUUGAGGGCUUUGUCAAAUCAGGCUUGAUGCAGGCACUGUCUGUGGGAACAUGUGUGGACAAUGAGAACUGCAUAGCUCUACUGCCCACUGGUGUUUUGCUGUUAAGUGUGUGUACGGAUACAUACCAGGACAUUGGACUUGAAGGCAGACCCUCAGAAUGGCCUAACAAGCAUGUGAUAGAGAUAGAUCUCACAGAUAAGAACUUCAGAAGUGGUAACAAGCUCCAUGCGCGUACAAAGUCAUGCUUCAAUGAAAGAUGGACCUUGAAAUGGGAUUUCCUUGUCAACUGGACACCAAAGGAUCCCAAAAUCUGUUCAACAUCAAUUCAGAAUUAUUUUAAACAUCAGAACAUUGUUUGUAACAGACUGAAAUUCACUAAACAUGUUCAGAAGCAUAAACAAUUAAUGGUUCCCACUUUUUGUCCUGAUAGCUUUGAAUGUUCAGGGAAACAAAUAAUGCAGUCAGGUGACUGUGGUGAGAGGCCAUGUGACCAGUAUGAGGUGUUCGAGUGGUUGGGUGCGUGUGCACUUGGGGUGGAAAUGACUGGGAAUGGAGUGGGAGACUACAUCAGCAACUAUACCUGCCCUUCUUAUGCCCCAUUACAUUUUAGGACUGGGAAUGGAGUGGGAGACUACAUCAGCAACUAUACCUGCCCUUCUUAUGCCCCAUUACAUUUUAGGACUGGGAAUGGAGUGGGAGACUACAUCAGCAACUAUACCUGUCCUUCUCCUAAUACAACUGUACCAGCAGCAGUCUGUGCCAGCUACAGCAGCAUGUUCUCUUCACAUACCAUUCAGUUAUUGAUGGAGAAAUUAAGGGAUUUCAUGCAGACGAAAGACCAACGUUGGUGCAGUGUAACCGUGCAUGGUUUUAUGGACGCACCGGUUGCCUGGCGACGCGAUCACGGUUUCCAUAGCAACGGGGAUAACCUGUACACGUUUGUGUUGUUUCAAAAUGGCGACUAUUGGCAAAUUCGAGCACUAGGUCCUCAAGAUAAUUGCGUUUAGAAUUCUAACAUACUUUAUUGGGUACAUUUAAAAAGGUACGGCCUCCAAGGUAAAAUAUUUAAAACACCAGCCCAAAUCCUGAUUCUUUCAUAGAAACAAAUACCAAAAAUCCAAAAGACGGCAUAUAUAAAUUCAUGAAUAUAUAAAUUAAUUAUUGUAAUUUCCCGAAUUUCACUUCACCAGCCCCGUUUAGUCGGGGUGUAGUUAGCGUGAAGACUGUACUAUAUGUAAAGCAUAUUCUAAGGCUUUAUAAGUAAAUGAUAUUCUAAGGCAUCUUAUCAUUUCAUGUUAGAAUUGCAAUUUACGAUCAAUUAUCUCCCUUUGAAUUACACCUGUGUACAAAAACCGUUAUCCGAUUUGCGUGAUCAGUUUACAUGCGUACACGCUAUCAUUCACUUUGAGAGAAAAUGUAUUUAUUAUGAAAUCUGAAAUCGCAGCUGUUGUAAAUGAUUUGCUGUUUUAAUAAACAAGAUCGAUCAAAGCCAA